CAUCGCUGCGGACUUCCACGAGAUUAAAGAGGACUGCCUCUGAUUCUCUUGGUGCGAAGCUCAAAACCUCAUCCUCCUCAUCAUCAGCAUCAUCAGCAUCAUGGCUGCUUCCACCGGAGUAGCUUCGGGGUCUCCUCGUCAGACUGGAAUGCCAUCAGCAUCCCUUCGCCAACGUACUCCGAACCGCCCAAACCACAUGUCCCUCAGCAAUCUUUUGAAUGACGAAGGUCCGCCGCAGAAGCUUCAGCGCACAGGAGGCGACCAUGACGUUUGGUGUUCUUCCAGUAGAAAUGCUACCGCGAAUUUUGAAUCCAAUGGACGUUAUGCACCUCCUACAUCUCCAAUGGGACCUCCCGGUGUUAAUACGGCGGGGAUUCAGGGGGUAUUGAAUAACAAUACACCCGAACCCGAGAAAGCCGCUCCCGUGAGUGGGGAAAAAAGAGCCUAUGUCACUGGAGGCCCGAAGAUUAUCUGCGAUACCUGUAAAGAAAGUUUUACUUGCGACUCCCUCCUACGCAAAGCACACCAAACCGUUCAAAUGCAAGGAAAAGGGAUGUGAGCGAGCGAAUUCCGGCUUUACGUCUCCUAAUGACCUCAAGCGCCAUGAGAACUCGGUUCAUAAGGGCACCAAGGGACCAGCGACAGGAUUUAACUGCAUCUACGAUCAUUGUCGCGAUCGGAACAAGAUAUAUUUCAGACUCGAUAACUUCCGAAAUCACUUGAAGAAGCUUCAUGGCACCAAUGAACCUACGAGCAUGAAUAAUUUCCUUAAGCAGGCCGAAUCGGAAUGCCGAGUUGAAGUCAAUCCUGAGGAUGUGGGGACGGACCGAGGGUCAGCAUCGGAGACCAAUACCUCUGUCCGUAGUCGCAAGUCGGUUUCGUUCUCCCGGAAAUCGAAAAAAUUACAGUGGGUGAUAACGAGAGUCGACAACGGCAAUCUCCACCGUCCAAGACCAGCGUAUUAUGGACCAUCGGAAGAGGAAAGCUCGGAUAGCGCUAUGGAUAUGGACCGGUCAGACAUGGAAAUCACUAGCCCGCCUGCCCCAGGACCUUUAAUGAACGUAUUGCCAAUGUCUCCGGGUGUGCACAACCAGGAGCCCAUGUCCCCAACCCAACAGGAACAUAACCGGCAAUGGACACCGGUCAUUCCAUAUGAGCGCGAGGAGGAUACCAUUGCCCGAAGGAAAUGCAUGGCGGAAAUCCAGGUCCGGAUAAUGGAGAUGAGAUCCCAGUUCGACGUACUCCAGGCACAGUACGACGUACUUGCAGCCGAGGAUGCGAGAAUUGUUGAGCAGCAACAACAACAUGUCCAUGUAUAUCAGCAUGUUGGCGGUGUGGAUAUCCCAUCAAAAUACCAGCAGCAGAAUGUGAUAUCACCAUUGAAUCCCAAGGCUUUGGAGGAAUGGCCUGUCAAUAACAGUGAGACACUCGGUCGGUUCGUCCGACAGAGCCAAACGGAGGAUCCUCCUUAUUUCGGCCUACCCAGUGGGGAUGGUGGACAAAAGAACGGGAUCCCAGGGAGGAAUAAUAAUAAUGGAAGAGGAUCCGGACCGGAUACCUCGGGUAGCAUGAUUUCUCCUCCGGAGACGGUUGCCUCUCCACCAAGGGAAGCCCCCCCAGGAAUCGGACCUACCGUUGCCCAGGACUUCCGGGCAACACCGGGACCAUCUACGCCUCAUCCUUCAUGCGCCCCAUAUCAGCAUCUUCCACAACCACAACCGGUCAAUCGGCCGCCUGCCAACCCCCCGGUCGCUGCUGUUCGCGCCGUCCUAAGUGGACCACCUGAGAAGGCGUUCCGCUGUGGACAUCCAGGUUGCAAGAGCACGUUUGCUAGGAACUGCGAGUUGAGAAAGCACCGCAAGCGUCACACCAGACCGUAUGGGUGCACGGCUCGAUUCUGCCUCAAGCAGUUUGGAUCCAAGAACGAUUGGAAGCGGCACGAAAACAGCCAGCAUCAUAGGCUGGAGAGUUGGAAGUGCAGCCAUCCCGUGCCUCCUUACGGACCUGAGGACGUGUGCUCGGCCAUGCAUUUCCGGAAGGAGAACUUCAUCAACCACCUGAAAUCCAGUCUGCACAACAUCAAGACCGAGGUGGAGAUCAAAGCUUGGUCGGAGAAGUCGUAUAUUGGCGGCAGCGACCACCACAUCUUCUGGUGCGGCUUCUGCGUCAACGAUGCCGGGAAACAAGGGAGGACAAUCCGUCUUAAGAACCUGGGACUCACUGGAUGGGACGAGAGGUUUGACCACCUCGGAAGCCACUUUGAGAACGGGAUGAGCAUCCGGAACUACGUAUACCAGGACGAAGAUGCCAUCGAUUGCCCGAGUGUUUCAGACUCGGAGGAUGACGACUCGCCCGAACCACCGGAUUCUCCCUUGCACCAGCUCGCCCAUGCCUCGAUCAUCCACUCGUGGGUGGGCAACCACCCGGAUCAAGAAGAGCCGACGAUGCAUGCGACCCAGUCGAGUUCGCAUAUCGACAACACGGGCGCACACAGCAAAAAGUUGGCGUGGUAUUGCUGCCAAUGCGUACGAUCACGGAACGUGCCGCACCCUUUCUUGGUGGACUUGCACCCGAGCUGUCUGGGAUGCGAGCAUCAGCGAUGUUCGGGAUGCAAGCAGCAAAUACUUGACGCUGUGCUCGACCGAGCCCUAUAACGGUUGUAGCAGAGACAACGCCAGUGCGACAAGAUGCAGUUUCCUUGCGAGCAUGAGUUUUUGGGAGUUGAAGGUGUUGGGAGGUUAUU